UAAUAAUUUAAAAUUUUAUAUUGAUGCACUUUAAAAUUUUAUUAUAAUAACAUAAUUUUGUUUCAGAUUUGGGGUUGAUUUUAACUUUUAUUAUGUUAUUAUUGGAUAAUAUAUAUAAAAAAAUGAGGGAGGAGGCAGCAAACACAAACAGAUAGAGAAACAGAGGAGGGAGGAGGCAUGGGCCAUGGCCAAGGUGCACCCCAACGCCGUCGCACCAGCAGACCCCGCCGCUGCAACCACCACCACCAGCAGCCGAGCGCCCCAGGAAGAGACGCCGGCGGCGGUGCUGCUGACGGUGUGGCGCAAGUCUCUCCUCUUCAACUGCCACGGCUUCACCGUCUUCGACGCCAAGGGCGACCUCGCCUUCCGCGUCGACUGCUACGCCUCCGCCCGCCGCCGCGCCGAGGUCGUGCUCAUGGACGUCGCGGGCAAACCGCUCCUCACCGUCCGCCGCAAGAGGCUCAUCAGCAGCCUCCUCGCGGAGCACUGGGUCAUCUACGACGGCGACGGCACAGCCAGCAAGCCGCUCCUCUCCGUCCGCCGCCACGCCAGCCUCCGGUCGUCGUCCAGCAGCAAGACGCUGGCCUACGUGACGCCCCUGGGCUCUGCCGCCGCGGAGGACUCGUACGUGGUGGAGGGGUCGUACGGGCGGCGGGCCUGCGCCGUGCGCGACGCCCGCGGGGACGCGGUGGUGGCGGAGGUGCGCCGGAAGGAGUCCGUGGGCGACGACGUGUUCCGGCUGGUGGCGGACCCACGCCUGGGCGCGCCGCUCGCCAUGGGCCUUGUCAUCGCCCUCGACGAGAUGUUCCGCGGCGGCGGCGGAUCGGCGCGGUCGCUGCUGCGCAGGACCUGGUCGGCCUAGUUAGGAGGCCAGGCCAUUAUUGUUAGCGGCACGGCAGGCAGCAGAGUUUUUAGCGUGCUGGCUGCAGCAGCAACAGCAGAGAGAGAGGUCAGCUAGCUAGUGCGCCGUGCGAGCAAGCGUCGUUCCUCUUCUCUGCAAACAAAAUGUACAAUUAUUGAUGCAAUCCAACAAAACAUGAAUCGAUCCUUCAAGAGCAGCGCGAUGGAUUGAAUGGAGGAGAUGAAGUACAAAUCUUGAUAUAUUGUUGAGUUUUGAUACUCGACCAGGAGAUUGAUAGUGAUAUGAAAUUAUUAACUUCAUUUUCAGGAUAUACUAUAUAUAUUGAAGCA